GAGAGGCUGUGCCAGAAGACUCUCGCUCGUGUGAAAUCGUCUGGCUCUCGACCACAACCUCUGAGGAUAUGUGCGAGUGCUGCAGCAGGGCUCAGUGGCAGCCCGCAGCCCUUCUCAUGCUCCGCUCUCUCACCAUGCUGGACGAGGAUAUCUGACCACUCAGCUCCAGGAACGUUCAUACUGUUUCCUCUCUUUUUCUCCUUUUUCUCUGAGUAGACGUUAAGAAUCUGGGUCUGGAAAUGGAGAACAAACUGGCCAAGGCGCUCUACGACAACACGGCGGAGUGCCCUGACGAGCUGGCCUUCCGUAAGGGGGACAUCCUGCGGGUGGUGGGCCGCAGCGCGGUGGGCACCAGCGGCUGGUGGCUGUGCUCUCUGCACGGCCGGCAGGGCGUGGCCCCCGCCAACCGGCUGCAGCUCCUGCCCCCGCCCGCUCCGGCCCCCGGCACCGGGGCCCCCGAGUGGCCGGGCCCCCCCCAGGCCGAGGACCACGCCCGGCCGCAGAACAUCUACCAGGUCCCCAGCGUGCCGCGGCCCUGCAGCAGCCCGCUGUAUGAGCGCAUGGACAAGAUCUACAAGGUGCCCUCCACGCCCCCCUCUGCCCCGAGGGGCCCCGGCUCCCCGGCGCUGAGGGGGCACGGCUGGGAGUCGACGGAGGCCAGCCGGCUCACAGCCUUCGGCUUGUCUUCCUCCCCGGAUGGGGGAGUGUACGAUGUCCCGAGCAGACGCCCCUCCCUCAACCCGACGCAGAUAUCCCAGAGGAAGACGUUCCGUAAAACCUCGCUGACCUCGCCGGCGGGGCAGAGCCCACGAUGCAGCAGUCCCAACGACACCUACGUCUACUCAGUCCCCCCAGCUCACUGCCGGGAGCCGUGCUACGACGUGCCCGUCCCCUCCGCCACCGACGCCCUGCAGAGAACGCUCAGCAGCUGCAACACGCUCCCGAGCCGCCGCAAGGGCGACUGGAUCUACGACGUCCCCGUGUCACCGGAGAAGCCGGGGCUCAGCGCGGCGUCCGGCGGCACCCUCCCCUCCAGAGCCCCCGGCCGGCAGCUCUUCCCUCCUCCUAGCGCCGCCCCGGCGCCACUCGGCCCCCCCGGCCCCGGCCUGUACGCCGUCCUCAACGCCGGCCCCCCCGAGCGGCCCCCGACCGGCGCCGACCUGCCCGCGCUGCCGCCGAGGGUCCGGGCGUCCGUCUACGGCCAGCCCCCGGCCCGGAGGAGCUCGGAGGAGCAGGUCUACGCCGUGCCUCCGCAGGACAAGGUGUGCCACAUCCCCCUGGAGUGCCGGGGCGACGCCUCCUACCCGUACGACCACACCCGAGCCCGCCUGCAGAGGAUGAGGACGGUCUUAGGCCCCGCCUCCCUCCGCCAGCGGCCGGGGGGCGACGACCCGCUGCUGGAGGACGAGGGGGGGCGCUCCGACGCCCGCCGCGCGGCCACCGACAGCCAGCGGAUCAGCACGGCCUCCAGCUCCUCCACCUCCUCCACCUCCUCCUGCGACUCCACGGCCCCGAGCUCCUCCUCCUGCUCCCCGGACCCCCUGCGGGAGGUGGGCCUGAGCCAGGAGGAGGCCGGCGCCAGGCUGCUGGAGCUCCACGAGGCGGUGGGCCGGGCGGUCCACCGCCUCAUGGACUUCGUCAGCAGCAGCUGGAGGAGCAGGGAGCACCUGGAGAAACACCUGGAGGAGAUCCGGGCGGCGGCGGAGGGCAUCGACCGCGCCGUCAGCGGCUUCCUCGCCUUCGCCCUGGACGUCAAGGGCAACGCCCGCCACCUGACGGACGCCAACCUGCGGACGCGGCUGCUGAAGCAGCUGUCCAUCGUGGAGGACUCGGGGCUCAUCCUGCGGCAGACGGUGGGCUCGCUAAGCGCGUCCGGCUGGCCCCUGGACGCCCUGUCCCAGGACCCCGGCCUGCUGAACACGCCGGACCAGCUGGAGCGCUUCGUGAUGGUGGCGCGCACCGUGCCCGAGGACGUCAAGCGCCUGGUGUCCAUCCUGAACGCCAACGGCCGGCUGCUGUUCAGACCCAACCAGAGGGAGCCGGGGGACGGGGGGCAGGGGGACGGGAGGCCGGCCGCCGCCGCCGGGGGCCAGCAGAACGGGGACGCGGUGGACGACGACAACGAUUACGUGCAGCUUCAGACCAAGAAUGAGUUUGAAAGGCAGAAACAACACCGGGAAGCGGACACCCAAGACGGCACGCCCUCUGCUGACACCGGCCACGAGGAGACCACCCCCCCGGUCGCCCCCCCCCCGACCCAGGAGGUGGCGCCGGCGGGCCCCAGGCCUGAGCACUGCCGGCUGUACUUCGGGGCCCUCCAGAAGGCCCUGGGGGGCUUCGUGGGCAGCCUCCGCGGCGGCCAGCCCCCGGAGCAGUUCAUCCCCCACAGCAAGCUGGUGAUCAUGGUGGGCCAGCGGCUGGUGAACACGCUGUACCAGGACGCCCGCGGCGCCGGCGCCCGCCAGAGCCUGCUGUGUAAGAGCAGCCACCUGUGUGCCCUCCUCAAGCAGCUGGCCGUGGCCACCAAGAAGGCCGCGCUGCACUUCCCCGACAAGCAGGCUCUGCAGGAGGCGCACGACUUCGCCGGGGAGCUCGCCCAGAAGGCACAGCACUUUCGGAUCUCGCUGGAUCUCUGAGCGCGUUAGAGCGCGCUGGACGGGAAGCGAGCAGUCGUACGCGGCCGGGGUCGGGCUGCUGCUGGAGGACUGGGUCCGAGUGCCGCCUGCGCUGCUCUCAAAAGGCUGGUGCGUGUGAAGUACGGGUGCUCGGCGAUACCGCUCUCGCUCGCCUCCUCGCCCCCCCCUGUCCUUCGUCUCCGUUUGUCUCUGUAUAUAUUAAUAUAUAUUCCUCACAUCGGAACGUCAUGAACUCUGCUUCCAUGUGAGUCUUAGAGUAGGCCACUGAAAGCUUGUCUGACUGGUGUUCAGGAAACUAUUUGUGGAGAUUUUAAAAUAUGUUGCACAUUGAGAGUGGCUUAUCUUUCCAAGUCAGUUAGAAAAGUAUAUAAUGUAAUUUGCUUGUUAUGUUUUACAACCAUUUAAAAUUUAUUUCUGUUGGACACAUGUUUUCAAUUCUAAUGUCGUAUUUUAUACAGUUUGAGACUAGCUGUUUGGCAAUAUAAACCUUUUGUGAAUAUCAUGUAUAUAACCUAAAAUGUGUUAUGCAUUCCCAAGCUUUUCUGUUAACAAAUGAAAUGGUAACACUUAUGAAAAGGGUACAAUAAUUAACCAUUGAUUAACAUUAGUUAAUACAGUAAUAAGGAUUAACUAACAAUUAACUGCAGGGAAUUAACAGUUAAUUAAUGGUCUAGUUAUAAUUUAACCAAGGUAAUGUUUUUUAUGUAAACUAAGAUAUUCAUUUAUGUAUGAUGUAAUACCGUUUGGAUCAUAAAUACCAUUAGUAAAUUAUUACUAGACCAUAAGUCAACUGUUAAUUACCAGUUCAUUAUUGUUCCCUUAUUGUAAAGUGUUACCAAUAAAAUAUGGAAAUGUCAUAUUUCUAUUGAAACUAAGAUUAAAACUAUUUGAAACCAACGUUUUUUUGGUAUUUAAGCCUAAAACAAAUAAUACACUUGCUGUGUGUUCUAUACCAUCACAUGUUUCUGAUAAACAAAUUGCAAAUAUUC